GUAAGAAAGUUCACGAACUACGAACUAUGUGCUUGGAACGUGGGUUACCGAAGGAGGGCGCUAAAAACAAGUUGAUAAGUCAGUUGGAACUUUAUGAUCUCGAGAUAGCAAGCGUGAAGCAAGAGAGCAUGGAAGUCGACUGCGUGGACGUUCCUGUUCUUGCAUCAACUGCUUCUGAGGAGACUGGAUCAUUAUUACAUGAGGCAUCGACUCAAGAUGCGAUACAACCACCUUCACAACCAAAAUUCCCAGCGGUGCCUUCUCCACCUGAAUCGUCACAUUCCAUAGAAAACAACGAAGAAACUCUUGAAUCGGUUGACGAAUCUUUGGGGCAACGAGAUCAAUCAGAAGUGACAUCAUCAUUACCAGCCUCAGCCACAACAUCUCCAAUAGUUCAUCACGCUGCCAUUGAAGUGCCAACAUCCAUUAAUAACUUUCAACAAAAUCAAACUGCACCGUCGUUCGAGACGCCACCGUCAACUCGUCAGCCCACGUUACAUGAGUCAUCAUCGUGUCAAAAUUUUGUCUCGAAUGAAAUUGAUCAUGAGCUCUUCAAUCGAUUAAUAGCAGAAAGAAAGCAACUUUGCAUGAUUCAAAGCUCAAAUAUUCAUAGGUUAUACAAUAAGGGAGUCAUGAUAAAUCAAGCCCGUGGUGUGCAGUAUAAUUAUGACUUGCUGUUGAAGAUAAUUCAAAGUUCUUUGGUUUACAAUGACGGUGAGAUACCUUUAUGGUUAAAGGAGGCAUACGAUACCUCCGUUGGUACAUCAUAUUGGGAAGCAAGUGUGGUCAGCCCAGGUAUCGAUGCAGAUGAAAUAUUUUUAUUAAAAGACGAUGUUCAAAUGGUUCCAAUGGAAUUCAUUUUCUAA